AUGCGCGAUGCGAUCGAGUAUUCCCGUGCUCAAGAUGCCUUAGCAAAGGCACCCUGUAUCGAUUUCCUGGAGACAAACACCGGGCCCAAUGUCGAUGCUUCGUCUCCAGGCGAGCAAUCGACAGCUUCGUCUCCGAUUUCCAGCGUGCAGACACCGAAGGCUCAGCAAGGUCUAUACUCAGCACAUGGUUUAACCGUGAUCAGUCCAGGUGUUGAGGAACUGUCGUCGUUCGAGAGUAUUCCGUGGCUUCUCCAGGGAUCUGAUGAAAAGGAAAAGGAAAUUGAGGGCUUAAUGUUGGGACAGGAUUCACAUUCCAAUAAUUUUCCGAUAACAACUGGCUUGGGUGACAGCUCGUUCGCGUUCACGCCCUCAACCGUUGGAGAUUUUACUGAGAAUGAAUCUUCUACGCUCCCUGAAUUAACUUCUGGAGCUACUUCUACAUCCCAAGAUGUUAUACUGUCUCUGAGGUACCCCGUUUUACAACCCUUGAUGCCGUUCAUCAAGACGGAGCUCUCACCAGACCUGGCGUGCGGUCUUCUCGACCUCUACUUCGCCAGUGCUUUCCCAACGCGCAUACAUCCCCUUUGCAAGCAUAUACAUUGCUUCUUACUUAGAAAAGCCUCUUUUCUGAGUGAAAGGAAUCCCCGUCUUACUAGUCCAGCUCUAUUGGCCAGUAUGCUAUGGGUGGCUGCUUCGGACGAUCACGCACUCUCCCUGCCUAUAACAGCUCAUUAUCGAAAGAAGCUCUGCCAGAUCCUUAGUUCACUCACUGUUAAACUAUUGAAACCUUAUACGACUAUUAAUAAUGCAUCUUUAUCUACGGGUGAGCUAAACUUCGGGACCAUGCCCUACCCUCCCACGCCCGGCGAUGGUACACAGAGCUUUGGACGCCCUGCUGUUUCCCUGGACGAUGUGAUUACGCAUAUGCAUAUUGCCUCCAUUACUUCGGCAAGUGAACAGGGCGUACCCAGCCUGAGAUGGUGGUAUGCAGCGUUCACACUCGCACGGGAACAGAAAUUGAACAGGGAGAUAGAGACGACAUCGAAUUCAGAUGGUCAUGACUUGUGCUUCUCGUACAUGAGUACAUCUUUUGACUCUUCGGUCUCAACCCGGAAGCCCCUGGGCUGCCUGUGCUUUCGAAAUUGCGGCUCCGUAAUCCAAAUCACGGAAGAACAGCGCGAAGAGCGUCGCAGGGUUUGGUGGUUACUAUACAUAAUGGAUCGUCAUUUGGCAUUAUGUCACAGUCGACCUCUGAUGCUUCUAGAUUCCGAAAGCAAAGAUCUUCUUCUCCCCCUCGACGAAGAGGUUUGGCAGGCCGGAGAAAUACACAGCAACAGCGCCAACUUUGCUGGCCCACAUUGCACGAUAUCGGGAUCCAAGAAUAUGCGACGCAUAUUUCCUGACUUUACAUGUCGUGAUACAUCUGUAUUCGGGUUUUUCCUGCCUCUGAUGACUAUUAUGGGUCAAAUAAUUGAUCUCACUCAUUUAAAGAACCAUCCUAUGCUUGGACCAGAAGCCCUCAGACAGGAUGGAUGGGAGGCUCAGCUCCAUGAAGUACUCCGCCAGCUCGAUCUAUACGAAGCCAGUCUCACUGCCUUUAUCACAAGCGCCCUUGACCUCAAAGCAUCGUCAGUAUCGGCAACGACCCCCAACACGACAAAGCGGUCGGAACCCCAGGCAUAUUUCUGGGUCGUACAAACAGUUACCUCCUACGCAUCAUACUACGUUGACGUAUUGCAUAUCCUCCAGGAUGGUAAGUGGGAUCCAGUCUCACUCAUGCAGGACAAAAGCUUCUGGGAUUCCUCGCCAAACUUUGCGUCCGCGAUACCACAUGCGCUUAAAGCAGCCGACUCGGUCACGCAAAUCCUGAAAUUCGACCCCGACGUCAGCUUCAUGCCAAACUUCUUCGGGAUCCAGCUCCUUCAAGGCGGUUUCUACUUCCUCCUUAUUCUUGAACGACUGCAGGAUAAAGCGGGGGAGCCGUUCUUGAGUGCCUGCGAGGUUAUGAUUCGGGCCACCGAGUCCUACAUUGUUACGCUGGAUACUGGGUUUCAGAGACACUUCUGCCAAAUCAUGCGGAGCAGUUUGGCACAGGCUCGAGGGCGCCCCGCCAGCCAUUACGAAAUUCAACAGCGACGAAGGGCCAUCUUGGCUCUAUACCAGUGGACUGGGGCAGGCACCGGGUUGGCCGUCUAA